UCCAAAAGGCAAGACGACGAACGAAAAGAGAGACAGAGAAAAAUCCGAUAAAAAUAAGAAAAACAGAAGUCGAACGAUUAUUUCCCGACUCGAAAAAGAGACAAGAACCUUUGCUCGUGUAUUUCCAAGAGUUUUUCUGAGUGUUUGAUGUGAAAUAUGGCUUCAGUGGAGGGCAAAAGGUUAGCUCCUCUCGUGCUUAGGAUAAGGACACCAGUCUCCUAUCAAAUGGAUCUUGAUGAAGGUAUUGAUGAUGAUUUUGCAGACUUCACACCUCCAUCGAAGAAGAGCAAAAGUGAUAAAGAAGGGGAUGCUGAUUAUCAGAAGGAAAAGAAGAGAGACUCCAGUAAGAAGGAUAAGAAAGAGAGCAGAGAGGAGAGAGAGAGAAGACACAAGGAGAAGAAGGACAAGAAAAAGGACAAGCACAGGGACAGGAGCCGAGAAAGAGAGAAAAACAGAGACAAGCACGAAAGUAGCAAGGAGCGCCGUGAAUCCCGCGAAAGAAGCAAGGACAGACAUAGUAGCAAAGAAAAAGACAAAAGCAAGGACAAACACAGAGACAGAGAGAGGAGAAAAGACUCUGAAGAGAGGAGUGGCAGAGAGAGGCGAAGUUCCAAGGAAGAUGGAGAGGGAAAGAAAAAUGAAGAGAAAGAUUGUGCGGAGAAUACAAAUAAAGAAAGCAGCUUUAAGAAAGAUCGGUCACCUAGUGCUUCAAACCAGGACAGGGUUCCUAUGACAUCGACUCAGAACUCUCCACGAAGAACGAACACUAAACCUAGAAUGACUUUGGAAGAAAAAAUAUUCCAGAGGGAAUUGGAAGCUGCACUUGCAAUCUCAAAAAUAGAAACUGUCGGAAGUCCUCCAUCAGAAGAUAAACCACAGCCAGAGGAUAAACAAGAAGAGGACAAACAAACCAAGAAGAAUGAUGACAAAACUAAAGCUACAUCCUCUGAGGACAGUUCCGUCUCAACCAAGACAGAGGCAGCCAAAGAGAACCGCAUCCCUCACAAAGAAGAAGAAAACAUUAAUAUCGAUAUCAAGAAUGAAGAUGUGAGCAGUGUUGAGGAAAAGGAAACGUUGCUAAGCAGUAAUGACAGAUUAAAACAGGAAAAAGAAGCCAAGCAAGAAACUGAAUCUGCACCACCAAAGGAUUCAAGUUCCUGCAAAGAGGAGGAGCCAAAACUUACAAACUCCAACCAAGAAGAGUCAGUACCUACAAAGUCCAAAAACAAACUCCAACCAAGAAGAGUCAGUACCUACAAAGUCCAAAAAAGAGGCAGAGUCAGUAUCUACGAAGUCCACCCAAGAAGAGUCAGUAUCUACAAAGUCCAUCCAAGAAGAGUCAGUACCUACAGUGUCCAAGAAAGAGCGCGAGCCAAAGUCUGCAAGUCCAGCAAAGCAGCGGAGUCAAAACCUGCGAAGUCCUACAAAGAAGAGGAGCCAAUGCCUGGAACAUCCUGGGGUCUUACCAGCAAGAGACAGAGAAAGACUGUUGUUUUCAAGGAAGAUAGCGAUUCAGACAGCUUUGAUGGCUUUGAUGAUGCUGAACCCUCAGAUUUCUCAGAAGAAAGUGACUUUGCCCCAAGCCCAAAGAAGAAGGGCAAGAAGGGGAAAGAGAAGAAAGAAAAAGCACCCAAGAAAAAGGCGACUAAACCAUCGGCCAACUCAAAAGCCAAAGACAGAAAUCCCCCUCCGGAACCAUCCCUCCCCAAAACUACGCCGGCUGCUAGAGGUUCACCCGUCAAAACAAAAACUGCAGACAGAAUUCCCCCCUUGGAAUCCACUCCUCCAAAAAUGCCAUCAGCGACAACAGUUCCCUCCGCCAAGAGAACGCCAGUUUCUGAAACGAAGGAAAACACAGCACCUCGAAUACAACCUCCUGCUGUGUCAAGAGCUAAACCUAGUAUACCUUCUAAUAGAACAGUAAAUAAUGUUAGUAAACCAAAAAUUUCUCAAACGAUAUCUUCUAGAGAGACAGCUAGUUCUUCACCUAGCUCAGGAGGUAUUACGAAAUCUGCAGGACUUGUUAGAUCGCAGUUCAAAAGUCCAGUACUUAAUGGCCCAGGGAUUUCGUCCGGAAAUUCACCCACUUCGGGGAGACCUAUUGGUUUGCGUCUUGGUCUUUCCAGGAGGGCGAAUUUCAAGCCUUUACACCCCAACAUGUCUGGAAAGUAAAUAAUUACGGAAGAUUUUCAAGCUGAUGCUGUUUUAUAUGUACAUUUCUAAUUCUAUUUUUUUUUUCUUCUUUUUUUUUAUUGUGAAAGUAUGAGAUUUAAAGUGUAAAUAUAUUUGUGCCCUUUCUAUAUAUUUGUAAGAUAUUGCUAUUGUUAUUGCUUUCUCUAUAGGAAGUAAGGUAUAUAUGCUAAUUUAUGUAAAUAUAU